CGCCUCAAGUUCGAGGUCGAGUACGGCAUGCAGCGCGGCUCCACCGACAACUCGUACAUCGUGAAGGGCGCCGAUAAGACCGCGCUGCUGGACCUCCCGGACAAGUCGUUCGCGUCCGUCUUCGCGGGCGCCAUCGACUGCGGCGCCGUCGACUACAUCGUCCUCGGGCACCUCUCCCCGAAACGCGUCGACGCCCUCGCCACCGUCCUGGACGCCAGACCGGCGGACGCGCCCGCCGUGGAGGUGUGGUGCUCCAAUCCCGCGGCGCAGGGCCUACGAGCGCGAUUGCGCACGAUCAAGACGGGCGAGGAGCUGCCUCUGGGGGGCGCGAGGAGGCUCAAGUUCACCACCGCGCCAACCCCGAGGUGGCCGGACACGGUGGCGACGUUUGACCCGCAAUCCGGCAUCCUCUUCACCUCCAAGCUCUUCUCCGCGCACGUCGCGACCAAGACGACGGGCGCGGACGAGGACGCCACGGACGUCGGGCUCGGGUUCGACGAGUUUGGCGGCGACUGGAGGUACUUUUUCGACUGCAUGCUCGCGCCGAUGGCGCGACCCGCCGCGAGGGCGCUGACCACGCUCGCGCCUUACCCGGCGAAGAUGAGCGCGAUCGCGCCGCUGCACGGCCCGGUGGUUCGGAGCGCGAGGAACGAGCUCGUCCGCGAGUACCGGGAAUGGGUCGCAGCGCAGGUAAAAUCCGCGGAUGACUUUAGCGUCGCGGUCAUUUACGCGUCGGCGUACGGUAACACGUCGGCGAUGGCGCAGGCGAUCGCCAGGGGCAUCACCAAAGCCGGCGUCGCGGUCGAGAUGCUCAACUGCGAGCUGAGCACCAAUGAGGAAAUUGAGGCGCUCAUCAAGAAGACGGAUGGAUUCUGCAUCGGCGCGCCAACCCUGGGCGGGCACAUGCCCACCCCCGUGAGCAACGCGCUCGGCGUGAUCGUCAAGGAGUCCACGCGCGAGUUCCCCGCGGGCGUGUUCGGCAGCUUCGGCUGGUCCGGCGAGGCUGUCGACCUCAUGGAGGCGCGGCUCAAAGACGGCGGAUUCGACUUUGCCUUUUCACCCAUUCGUUGCAAGUUCAAGCCCACGCAGGAGACGCUCCAAAUCUGCGAGGAGUCCGGCACCGACCUCGCGCAGUCGGUCAAGAAGAUCCGCCGCAAGAAGCAGUCGGACAAGACCAAGCAAGUGUCCGCGGGCUCGUCCUUCGGGCAGUCCGACACCGCCGCCGCCGUCGGGAGGAUCGUGGGCUCGCUCUGCGCCGUCACCGCCAAGAAGGAUGACGCGCAAUCCGCGAUGCUCGCGUCGUGGGUCAGCCAGGCGUCGUUCAACCCGCCCGCGCUGACCGUGGCCGUCGCCAAGGAGCGCGCGGUGGAGUCGUUCCUGCUGAAAGGGAGCAACUUUAACCUGAACGUGCUCCAGGCGGGUAACGAGAAGGACACCAUGAAGGCGCUGCUGAAGCCCUUUCAGCCUGGGGAGAACCGCUUUGGCGACAUGGAGGUUGAGAUCAGCGAGCGCAACGGCUGCGCGAUCGUCACCGAGGCGCUGAGCUACCUGGAGUGCGAGGUCACCGAGCGGAUGGAGUGCGGCGACCAUUGGGUGGUGCUGGCGACGGUGAGGGAAGGCAAGCUGCUGAAGGAGGAAGGGCUGACCGCCAUCCACCACAGGAAGACCGGGACCUCGUACUGAGUUUCACAGCUGCAGCUGCGUUUUUGUCGAUAAAUCAAUGCAAAUGCAAAUCUAACCGCCAACUCG